AGAAGAUACAAAUGUAACUAAUGAGCAGACAUAGGGAGCUGUAAAUAGCUCCUUAUCUCCAGUCUCUCAGUGUGUGUGACCUUGGGCUGGAUGGGAACUGGUUGUUGCUUUUGGAACCCUAAGUUUGUGUAGGAGACCAAUGCUUGCCUCCUUCCUGCUGUCUUGUCUGAGGAGAGAGCUUCUUCCUCCAUUAUCAUCCAUCCAGGAGACUAGACUUUCUUUACUGGGAGUCCAUCAUCUCAGAGCUCCUGAUCAGUCAUCUGCACCAUAUGGAACCAGGCAAUGGUACACAUAUUUCAGAAUUUCAUCUCUUGGGACUAUCAGAGGAACCAGAACUGCAGCCCAUCCUAUUCGGGCUCUUCCUCUCCAUGUACCUGAUCACUGCGUUGGGAAACCUGCUCAUCAUCCUGGCUGUCAGCUCAGACUCCCACCUGCACACCCCCAUGUACUUCUUCCUCUCCAACCUGUCCUUGGUAGACAUCUGUUUCACCUCCACCACCAUCCCAAAGAUGCUGGUGAACAUCCAGACACAGAGCAAAGUCAUCACCUAUGCAGGCUGCAUCACCCAGAUGUAUUUUUAUAUACACUUUGUAGGGUUGGAUGACUUCAUCCUUACUGUCAUGGCCUAUGACAGGUAUGUGGCCAUCUGUCACCCUCUGCACUACACAGUCAUCAUGAACCCCCACCUCUGUGGGCUGCUGGUUCUGGUGUCCUGGAUCAUUAGUAUUCUGAAUUCCUUGUUAGAAAGCAUAAUGGUGUUGGAUGUGUCCUUCUGCUCAGACUUGGAAAUCCCCCACUUUUUCUGUGAACUCAAAGAGGUGGUCCAACUUGCCUGUUCUGACACAUUUCCUAAUGACAUGGUGAUGUACUUUUCAGCAGGGCUGCUGGGUGGUGGUCCCCUGGCUGGGAUACUUUAUUCUUACUCUAAGAUAGUAUCCUCCAUAUGUGCAAUCUCAUCAGUUGAGGGGAAGUAUAAAGCAUUUUCUACCUGUGCAUCUCACCUCUCAGUUGUCUCCUUAUUUUAUGGUACUAGCCUAGGCGUGUAUCUGGGCUCUGCUGGUACCCACCACUCACAGUCAAGUGCAGUUGCCUCAGUUAUGUACACUGUGGUAACACCCAUGUUGAACCCCUUCAUCUACAGUCUCAGGAACAAGGACAUAAAGAGGGCCUUGGAAAGAUUCCUUGGCAGGUAG